AUCGUGCAGAGACUAGAAACUUCCUUAUAUUCUCUCUCUGCAACAUGAGCCAGAGGCGGUUAAGCAUUUUUAUCUAACCCGAUAAUCCGGAACGAGAACACUACACUUUGUUGCAGCUGUUAGCGGUUUUAAUUUCUUGUACUUUUGAAGGGGCUUUACUUUUGAAGAAAAAUGCAAGGAGGAAGCGGUGGCAGGGAUCCGUUCUUUGGCUUUGGUGAUCCCUUUGCUGGUUUUGGGGGAUUUGGUCGUGGGUUUGGGGGGGUUCAUAGGAGUUUGAUGUCUGGUUUUUUUGGUGGAAGGGACCCAUUUGAUGAUCCUUUCUUCACGCGCCCUUUUGGAGGCAUGUUUGAGUCAAGUUUCUUUGGUUCUAACGGGAGCCCAUUAGCUUCCAUGCAUCCAUCUCCAUUUGUGGAGCAUCAAGCUCUAGAGCCUCCAAGAAAUUCUAGAGGACCUAUUAUUGAAGAACUAAACUCUGAUGAUGAUAAAGAAGAAGCUGAUAAAGGCAAGAAAGAGAAUCCUAGAAAACAUGGUAGGCCAAGCAAGGAGCCAUAUGUGGAGGACCCAGAUGAUGAAGCCGAAGCAGAGAGAAAAAGUAAGCAUUUGCAGUACAGAAGUAGUCACAACAGGUUUAAUGGCAUGGAACAGCAGCCGCAAACUAGAAGCUUCACUUUUCAGAGCUCUACCGUAACAUAUGGUGGUGCCAAUGGAGCUUACUACACUUCGUCCAAGAGUAGGAGGGCUGGGAGUGAUGGAUUGACUGUUGAGGAAAGCAAAGAAGCUGAUACUUCUACAAGGAAAGCAUCUCACAGGAUUUCUAGGGGACUUCACAACAAGGGUCAUACGCUUACUAGGAACCUUAAUUCAGAUGGUAAGGUGGAGACGAUGCAGACAUUGCAUAAUCUUCAUGAAGAUGAGCUUGCUGAUUUUGGAGAAGUUUGGAAGCAAAAUGCCAGGCAGGCUCUGCCUGGCUGGACUGGAAAUUUCAGUGGCCAUGACAGUAUGGGGGCAAGCAGCAGUGGACGAAAUGCAAGUAUGGGAGGCUGGGCACUUCCAGCCACUGAGCACGUAGAGCAGUUGGAGAGAGCAGUAACAGAUGCUAGAGAUAGGGAAACAUCUUCUCAAAAGCAGCACUCAGGAAGGAUGAAAGGCUCAUCGAACGUCAAAGACAAGGGUGGAUAUUCUAGAGGGAGACCAAGAGAAUAAAUUGGGACGCGUUAAGAAUAAACUGGGACGCAUUAGCCAAAUUGUUGAAUAUUCUUCUGGUGGCUUAUCCACUUUAGUACUACUGUUGUAGGUAUUGUAACCUAAACAAACCUUAUGUUGUCACUACAGUCUGUAACAAAUCUCAGCAAAGGGUAGCUAGUUUUGGAUGCCCAUGUGCUGAUUAUUCUGAAUGCAGACCACGCUAUCAUUUCUUUUA